CCGUCCGGUGCGGCGGUGGCGGUGGCGGUGGCGCUGAUGCCGCCAUGGCCCCCCCGGCCCCGCCGCCCCGCGCCGCCCUCACUCUGCUGCUGGCGCUGAGCGCGAUCGGCCCCGCCGCGCCCGCGCCCGAAUGGCCGCCCCGCAACGGCAGCUCAGGCAGAGCCUGGGGGGGCCCCCUGCAGAGCGGAGCCCCCAUCAACAGCACCGACCCAUUGGGACCGCAGCUGGAGCCGCCUGGGGGGGGCCCGGCCACCGCCGACCCUACAGUGGGGUGCAUGGGGUGCAGCGGAGAGGGGGCUGCCAGCUCUGUGCCCCCCGUGCCCGAUGCAGCCCAGGACCCCCGGCUCGGUGUCACUGGGCCCACUGAUGGCGAUGGCGGCGUGGUGGCCCUGGGCAGCCCCGAGGAGGUCGGCAGCGGCGAGCAGCCCACCAGGGCCGGCGUUGGGCCCACAGAGGGGCUGACACCGCGCCCCCCCGGCCUCCCCAGCCCCGGCCUUGGCCUCUCCAGCCCUGGGCCCAACCUUGGUCUUCCCAGCCUCGACCUUCCCAAUCCCAAUCUCGGUCUUCCCGACCCCAACCUCGGUCUUCCCAACCCCAGCCUUGGCCUCCCCAGCCCCGGGCCCACCCCUGACCGUCCCAUUCCCAACCCCAACCCCAGCCUUGAUCUUCCCGACCCCGGCCUUGCUAUUCAGACUCCCAACCUCGGUCUUUCCAACCCCAACAUCCCCCUCCCCAGCCCCAGCCCGGGCCCGGGCACCGAACCCGACCUUCUUCCCGUGGCCGAAGACUCAGAGGUGUCCAUGGAGCUCCCCCAGCCCUCCUCCAGCCCAGCCCCGGCACAGAGGGCCCGCGGCCGCACGGACCGCACGUGGUUGGGCGCUCCGGAGCCCAUCAGUGCAGCCCCGGGCACGGCGGAGCCGCCCGAGAUCAUCGACGUUGACUACUACGACGUGUUCGAUGGCGGCCAUGGGCCCGGGGGCGGCCACGGGGCGGGCGGCGCGGCGCAGAGGGAGCCGGGGGGCGCGGCGACGCCGUGGGGCCUCCACGAGCUCUACGAUGACUUCACGCCCUUCGACGAGGCCGAUUUCUACCCCACCACCUCCUUCUACGCCGAAGGGGAUGAUGAUGCGGAGGAGGAGCUGGAGGAGGACGAAGAGGAGGAGGAGGAGGAAGAUGGUGGUCUGGAGGAUGAGAAUGGCUACAGACCUCCCGCCUCGGCCGCGCCCCGCGUCCCGCCGCCCCCCAGCCCCACGGAGGGGACCCCCAUGGCGCGGCCGAGGCCCGGGGAGCGCGCGGUGCCGGAGAACAGCAGUGAGUGCCGCAGCGGAUACGUGCGACACAACAGCUCGUGCCGCUCCGUCUGCGACCUCGUCCCCAGCUACUGCCACAACGGCGGCCAGUGCUACCUGGUGGAGAGCCACGGGGCCUUCUGCAGGUGCAACACACAGGACUACACGUGGCACAAGGGGACGCGCUGCGAGGCCAUCGUCACCGACUUCCAGGUGCUGUGUGUGGCCGUGGGCUCGGCCGCGCUGGUGCUGCUGCUGCUCUUCAUGCUCACUGUCUUCUUUGCCAAGAAGCUCUACCUGCUCAAGACGGAGAACAGCAAACUGCGCAAAACCAAAUACCGCACUCCGUCCGAGCUGCACAACGACAACUUCUCGCUGUCCACCAUCGCCGAGGGCUCCCACCCGAACAGAGAAGCGCAGCAUAGAGCCCUCUAACCUCGGCCCUAUAGACAUUUUCCCCCUGGUUUGGAGCAAUUCUAGCACCAUAGUGCCUGCAAGUGACCCAGUGGGAGCCUUGGCACAGCCCUGGGGUGGAUUCGGGACCAAACCCCACAAGUGGGUUGGAUCUGGAGUGGAUUUGGGACUGCUCCCCACAAGUGGGACCAUCGUUCCCCAUGCCUUUGUCCCCACUGGUAUGCCAUGGGCUCGUUCCCGUUGGUGCCUGGGGACUGCAAGCCCCACUCCGGAGGGGACAGCAAUGGGGACACCACCACAGGAAGGGGGUUUGGAACUGAAGACCAACUCCCUGUUGUAUGGACACUCUGUGACAAGGUGUCCAAGCACAGGGGGGUGACAUGGGGACAGCCCUGCUGGUGGCACACCCACCUGGGAUGGCGGCCGGACACUAACGGGACACAAUAAAACCAAGACGUGGG